UGUAAGCGCCCGCCAUUACGGGCUACUGACAAAGGCCCUAGAACUAUUUGCAUUUUUAACAUCAUGACGCUUUUAUAACACAAUUGUUUUAUAGGAUAUUUGUUCCAUAUCCUAAGGUUUCAGUAUGGCAGGUGGUGAGAGUUUUGCCAAUGGGAGUGGCAGUGGUGGAAGUGCCGUGGGAAAUGCAGGUGUAUGUCCUGUUUGUGGGUUCAACCAAACAAACCUAACCCAGCAUUUGUCACGCCACAGCAAAGAAGAAAUUAUACGUUCUUAUAUGUAUGGCCACCCGCUUCCAGAACUUGCAAAUAGGCGCCCUCCCGGUAGAUUGCGACGACCAUCAUAUUCCACUGUUAAUAAUGUUACACCUGCUACAAUUCCUGCACGACCAGCUGGCAACCAGACUCCCUUGAUAAUUACUGGAAAUCCUGCUCCAAUUAAUGACCAGUCCUUAGGCACACCUUUAGGACCAAUACCUGAUGCACCACCCACCCCUGUACACACAGUUAGGUUAGGACCAAUAGCACCUAUUGUACAGCCUCCUAGGCAUAAUGUACCUCUAGCAGCAACUCCUCUGCAGCAUGGCACUCCUACUAAUAGUUACCUUCUCAUAGGUAAUAAUGUCUUUCCACCUGGAAGUGUCAUACAAAAUAAUUUAGCCCUGGGAAACAAUGGUGUUAGUUACCUCAUUCCCAGUUCUGGGGGUUUGAUGCUUGCGGCUGCACCACCAACCAACCAGACCAUUUUAGUUCCGAGUCCCACCAAUGCUUCCUCUGCAACACCCCAGAAUAUUCCCCUAAAGCCUCCUGUUCCAACACCAGUGUCAGUCACUUCGCCAACCACUGCCAUGGAAAAUGUCUAUAGCAGUUUAAGUGUAUCACGAAGGCCUCCAAGACCUAUACUGCCAGAACCUCCCAUAUGUGUAAUAGGAGAGACUUACUCAGAGCAGGGACAGGAAGAUUCAUUUUCCACAGAUUCUUACAGGGUAGAAGCAAACAAUAAUUCAAAUAUAGAACGUAGCUAUAGACGAGAGGAAAGUAUUAGUAAUGGUAAUGUAUGCACUGGUAGUGAAAGGAAUUUUAGGCAAGACGAACAGUCGCAGACAACUAAUAAUGAGCAGAAUGCCACUAUCCACAUUGGAAAAAAUAUUAGUAUAUCACUGCCUAGGGAUCUUAUUGGUAAAAAAGAUAGACUUAAAGAAAUAAUUGUGCAAGAGCUUGUAAGGGCUUUAUUAAUUAAUGACAGCCAAGAGGGUGGUGAUGUGAUGAAUCAACCUUCAACUAGUACUGGAAGAAGAAAAUCAGCUGAUCUUUCCUGUUAUGUUUCAACCAAACCUGAAACCAUUAUAGUAGAAAAUACUCUUGAAGAUAGUUCUCUUAGGUCAUUAAGAAACCAGGAGCAGCUUGAUGAAAAGAAAAUAACCACUGAAGAGGAAGAUCCUUUGGCUCCAGUACCGAUCCCAUCCUCAAGUAGAAGCAGAAGUGGAUCUGAUUAUCAUGAUCUGUCUAAUGUAAACAUUGACUCAGAUGUUCCUUCCCCAGCUCAUAAUAUUACCAUUGAGAAUGGUAUAGAUGAUAGCUAUACCCAUCCCAGCAGUGUAAGUCCUUAUGGCAUACAGGUAGAUGAACCUAUGGAAGUUGUCUUUGAAGACAGAGGAAUCACUAGUCGUUUGUCUUCUGGUGCUACUAAUAUAUCUAAUGCAAGUCAUGCUCCUGGGAGUCACAGGGAAGAUAGGGGUCUUUAUGACCGAUCAAAUACUCAGGUAUCAGUUAAACUUUCCAGCCAUUCAGUUGAACACGAAAUGCGGCAAAGGAAGGCUAGAAGAAGCGAGCAGAAUAAUUCAAAUAUAAGUGUUGAUUUGUGCAAUUCCUCCAGAAUUCCUGUUGAUAUAACUCCCAUUUCACAUUCAUCAGGGAAUAUUGGACAAGCUCCACAGAUGAAUCGCAGUGAUGAGCAAGAAGCUGUCCUAUGUUGUGAUGAUGAUCAGUUAUUUUUGUCAUCAGAUCGUUCUCUCAACACGCUUUUGGGAGAUUCAACUCUAAAUGAAAUGGUUUAUGUUGAAGAUCAAGUAUUAGGUGCAGUUGAGGAAGUAUUUGCAGGAGAGGCACCUUCAUCUCUUCCCAGCACGAGCUCAAGUGAUGUUUCAGGAUUACAGAAUCAUAAAAAUGUUGAUAAAAAACCAAAUAAUACAUUUUUGAGUGUCUAUGAGGAACAGUGCAUGGCCUCAGCCCUUGUUGAAAGUCGAAGAGAGAAGCUGGUGGAUGUGAAAUGCAAAAGUGAACCGCCAACGAGUGUAUCCUCUCAACCGAGCUCAUCUUUCACGAGCAAGCCUUCAUCAUUGUAUCCAUUAAAUCAAGUUUCCAUUACGCAAAGUGCAUCUACUAUUGAACCGUCCAGUCAAGUAAGAGGAAAGAUUGAAGAUCCAGGCCAGGAACAAGAUGAAGAACUUGUAGAUGACCCAACUAUAGUGGAUGAGUUUACAAAUGGUGGCAUAUUCCCUGAUGACCAAAUGUUUGAACGAGAGCUUAGCAACCAACAGACAGAGGAGGUGAUGUCACUGAAAGCUUCAGAAACUCUUGCAGACAGUGACAGUGAGAGAGCCACUCCUCAUGAAGAGUUGCAAGAUCAGCUGAUGUUUUAUGACCGAAGUUGCAUAUUUGCUGGAGAACCUGGGCCAGCCAAUCUUUCACCAAGAAAUUAUCCAGCUAUUGAUUCUUCAGCAUUUCAUGCCCUCACACCAGCCCUCAUCAGUCACCUUGACCAUGCAGUUCAGAUGGAUGGCAGUCAUCCAAACAUGCCAGGAUUUGUUGGUCCUCCAGAAGAAGGAGUGGUGGAGCUCUCUUCAGCAGAAACCACAAUGCAUCUUUCCGGGGAAGACUGCUGCACCGUUUUGCCAGCUGAUGGAAUGAUGCCACAGCUAUUCCAAUCGUCACAUCACGAGGCUGCUGUUUCUGCAAGUUCCCAUACUGGUAUCAUAACUUCAGUUCCUCCCCAGGUGCCAUUUUCUGAUUUUGAAGAGGCAAAAUACCACUCAAAGCAAGUGCUUGUGAUAGACACUACCAGCUCCUCUCUAAAUCGGCAAUUGUCACCAAUUCCCUCAACCUCAGGACUGCAAGGAAAUCUUCCCACAAAGGCUUUAAAGGAGGAUGAGGAUUAUGAUUUUGAAUAUGAGUCAGAUUGUUAUGGAGACAGUGAUUCUGACUCUGGGGCAAUCAAUCGUGGUCCACUAGAUCUUGAUCACUGGAAGUGUUCAGUAUGUAACAAAAUGUUCAAGAGUCUUAAAGAGAAAUUACUUCAUGCGGGUCAACACUCACCAUGUGCAGAAGCUAUGGAAAAGUCAGGGGCUAUCAGAAGAGUCAAUCAGAUAAAAUCAGAUCAAGCACUAGAACCUAGCACAGCUCCACCAGAGAAAGAGCACUCAGGCCCUAAUUUGUUGCAAUGUAAACAGGAAUCAGGUCUGUCCCAAGAUGAACCUAGGGCUAUGUUAGAGUCAUGUGUUUCAAAUGGAGAGUACAAGUGUCCUGAGUGUAAGCGAACAUAUCCAACUGCAGACGAUUUACUUAAUCAUAGAAAGUUAGUGUUCAAAUCACGCUUAACUUGUCAGAUUUGUCACUUGGUAUUCAAAAAACGCACAAUGAAAAUUAAACACAUGAAGAGUCAUACUGUGGAGGACUUGAAGUGCCUCGUAUGUAAUCGUUCGUAUCCUAACCGAUAUGCUUGGUCUCAGCAUCAGUUUUACCAUAUGGGCUUAGUAAUGUUUGAGUGUAAGGAGUGUGCUAGAAGAUUCCAACGUGGAUCCGAGUUGAAAAUUCACCUGCGCACACACACAGGAGAAAGGCCUUUUUCAUGUAUGUCUUGUAGUAGUGCAUUUACCACUAGGCAGGCACUGAAGAGGCACUUGGUAACCCAUAUGGAUGGUCAAGAGGUUGACUGUGAUUUAUGUCAAAAGACCUAUAAAAAUGCAGUAUGUUUAAAUAAACAUAAGCUUAAAGCUCAUUCAAAGGGGAAAGCUAAAAGUAAGGCUCGCAGAGAUUUCAUGUGCAGCACUUGUAAUGAAGUCUUUCCAUCUGAGAAGAAAUUAAGCUGGCAUCAGGAAAUCCAUGAGCGCUGGCCUAAAAAAUGCCAGCAGUGUGGUGAGCGUUUUAUUCAUCAGUCUAGCCUCACAAAACACAUCCGGCAAAAGCACAAUCCUCACCACCAGACCUCGGAUGGUAAGACAGAAAAUAAUGCUACUUGUCAUGUGUGUCUAAAAGUGUUUCGAAAAUCAUCAUUGGCUCUUCAUUUAAGGACUCAUACUGGAGUUAAACCUUUCAAGUGCCAUAUAUGUAACAGGAGCUUUGCUGUGAAGUGCAAUUUAGAUGCUCAUAAAUGGGUGCACAUGGGGGUCCGUGAUAGACCUCACAAGUGUAAGCUGUGUGAACGCAGUUUCCAUCGCAAAAAGGAUCUGGAAGCCCAUGUCCGCAGUCACAAGAAUAUUCGUCCUUUCACAUGUAAUGAGUGUGGAAAGUCAUUUAUACAUAAGAAUAAUUUACAGUUGCAUGUGCGUGAACACUCAGGUGAGAAGCAGCACAAAUGUGCAUUCUGUAAUAAAGCUUUCUUUAGGAAAUAUAAUUUGAAUAAUCAUGUUCGCAUUCAUACUGGAGAAACUCCAUAUGAGUGCACUAUUUGUCAUAAAUAUUUUACACAGAAAAGUAAUUAUAAUGUACACAUGAAAGCAUUCCAUGUAGAGAGACAUGCUGUUCACGAAGAACUCUAGGAAAAAAUUUUCCCACUCCUUUCGUAAAAGGCAAAUGAAUGUACAAAUGUCUAGUUGGUCGCGAAGUAUUAAUGACUCAGAAAUAAAUCUAAUUUAUACUUUUAGCAGAUGUCAUGAGAUUAUUUUCCAGUUGUUAGUAUAGCAGAACAUGCUAUUGUGAUUCUAAGUCUUGGAAUAUUGUCAUGUCAGUCUGCAAGUACAAUAUUUUUUUAGUAAUUCUAUGUACUGUAUGUAAUUGGUUUUAAUUCUGGGCAGUAUGUCCACAAAUUUUUAUUUCCCUUGUUGCAUCUGGUAUUUUAAUGGACCAUAAUGAUUGUAAAAUAUACAUAUUGUAUAGGUGUUUUUACUGCUUAUCAUAUUUUAUACUUGCAUUUGCAAAAAUCAUUUAUGUGUACGUAUGGCGUUUUGGUUAAAUAGAAAAAUUAAUAGUAGGUUUGUUUAGUUCCAGCAUGAAAAGUUUUAGUUAGAACUUACUUCGUCUUUAACAGCCUCUAGGUUUAUAUCCUGGUACAUAUUUUAUGUUUUACCUUUUUAUUUUGAAAGAAUUUUAACUUUGCCAAAGUUUUACAUAUAUUUUUAUUUAUAAAUUUGAAUUUAUCUAAUGUUUAUGAAUAUUUUAUUUCUUAGUCAUACACUAAUGCGGAAUAUUUGGUUCUCAAGUACAGUGGAAGCUCAGUUAUCAAGACCUUGUAUGUAUUAAUAAGUAGUUUUUCUGGAUUUCAUGAAAUGCUGUAUCCAUAAACUAGUGUACGUCAACAUAAUGUAAAUGCAAGACAAAUACUACAAAUGACUUAAGCAUUACUGAAAGGCUUUAGAAUACAAAAUACAACACAUUUUCUCAUUGUAUCAAAAUAAAGUAAUUUGUGUAACCUGUAUCAGAAUAAAGUAAUUUGUGUAACCUAUAUCCAUUACAGGAGUACAGAUUACCUUUUAUAUUUGUGUAUUGCCAUUGUGACUUUGUUGCUUAUUGGAGUAGAUUUUAAAAACUUCAUAAUUUUUACACAGUAUUUCCAAGUACUAUCUAUAAGUAUAUGUACAUAAUUAUGAAAACUUAUUACAAUAGAUUUUCAAAUCCUAUCUGGAUUUCUAGUAUCCAAAUUGGUAAGCUGUAAGCUUCCACUGUAUAUGAGAUUCGUUUGCUGUUGCCACCACUUGCAAGUUGGCAUUACGUAUACAAAAUUAUGUAAUAUAUUUUAAACAAUAGAAAUUGGCUGAAUUUUAUAAGUCAGAAUUUGAGCUAACCUUUCCAGUCUCUUUCUCAAAUUGGAAAUAACAAGGGGAAUUAUAUGAGUAUAACAAGUAUUCUUCCUGAAAUACUUUCACUUUUUGUAAAGUUGUGCUUAUGAAAACUUAUUGAAGGACUGUCUGUAUUUGUGUGUUUGUCUUUCAUAUUGGAUGCUUACAGUUAAUUUGUUAACUUCUCCUUCACAUUCACAUGUAGAAUCUCAAAUCAAAAUAAUUUAUGACUAAACUUUUGUUCUUGUCUGAACCAAGUGUUUCAGUAUGAUAGAUUUAUAUUUUUUAUCAUUGAUCAUGCUUAUGAUUUGGUUGUGCAGGUAAGGGAUAAAUUAGUAUAGAGAUUACAUUAAACCAUGUUCUCAAGCAGUGAUAUAAGGAAUUAUUAAAUGCCCAAUAGGGCUGUAUUAAAUUUUUUAGCUAUUUUUUUUAUAGCAUGAAGCAGAAAGCUCCCAUUGGAAAUUUUACCCUAGUAGAAAAAAUGCUAUGCAUGAUGAUGAAAAUAAUAAUUGAAAUUGUCUGGCAAAUUUAAUGAAAUGUGGCAACAUUGUAAUGCUGAACAUAUAUGUAAACAUAUUUAAGACUGGAAUAUUUAUCAAAGAUACAAAAUAGAAAUUUACUAACAUACCUUGGUUAAUGGACACCUCACUUAAUGUUUUGCCCUAGGGAAAAUCUGCUCCAUUAACAGAUGUUUGCUCAGUUAGAGGAUAAACAAAGACAAGUGACUAGAACCUAUGGGAUUUACAUAUCACAUGUAUAUGAUUCCCGGCUCAAACAAAGGGAAGGGUUAAGUCCACACAUAACUUGCUCAGAGCACAUCUCUGCUAAAUUUUCUUUGUGUCCUUUCAUAUUCAGAUGCUAAAUAUAGUACUGUACAUAAGUCAUCAUGGCUCCUAAGAAGGCUAGAGAUGCAAAUAAAGCUGAGCUAGUUGUGGAGGAUAUUGUUUAUCAAGGCAAGGAGAUGGGCUUGGAGGUGAGUGGUGAUAACGUAGAGUUGGUAGUGUGCCACAAAGCAGAGCUCACCACAGAAUAACUACAGAACUUUCAGAGGGAGCAGCAAGAGACAAUAGAUAAUGAAUUUGCUUCAGAGAGAAGGAGUGAAGGGAGAAUGUCACAAGUCCAUUAAAAAGAUGCAAAAAAUGGAGGAACCAUAAAGUGUUCUUGAAAAAUAUCCCAACAAAGCUGUAACAAAUAAUAUUACAAACCCACUGGAUGACAAUGCUAGCUCUCAUAUUUGGAACGUUUUACAAUGCAGUCAAAAAUAGACAUGAUUGGACAGGUGUGUCUCAAAAAUGAAGCAAUAGAAAAAGAUGGAAAAGAGAAGCAACCCCAGAAGUACAGUUUAGUGGUGUUUUUAUGAGUGGUCUCCCCUUCCUAACAAUGAUAUCUCAUCUCUUCAGCACCUUCCAUAAAUGUUAUCAACUCUCCCAAUUAUAAGUAUAAAGUGAGGUUAGAUUUGCUAGUAUUCCAUCUGUUUAUUCAUUUGUGUAUAAUUUCUGUGUAGAAGGCUUGUUAUUUCAGUUAAUAUACUUUUAUUUGUUGUGUUUUUGGAGGUCUGGUAUGGAUACAGCCAAUUCCGGUUACUUCUCAUGGGAAAAAUUGCUCAGUUUUAGAAUGAGUUCAUUUAAAGGAUAACCCUUCUGGAGUGGAGUCAGUCUAUUAACCAAGGUAUGACUAUAUAUUUUGCCAAUUUUAAGAAAUAUAUAUUCUCAGAAUUUACAAGACUUCUGUUAAGUAUUAGCCUGUAAUGUUGUCCAUAGUAGAGUGAAUAUACAGGAAAGAAAUGGUUAUAGAUGUACAAUACAUAGUAAAAUAUCACAGUAUGGUACAAGUAAAAGUGUUACAAUUCUAUAUUUGGCAAUGAGUCAGCUUAAGCUAAAAACAAACAGUAAAGCAAGAUUUCACAGAUAAGUUAAAAAUUUUAAAUACUGGAUAUCUAUAAGACAGUCCUCAGUUAUUGGUGGGGGUUCCAUUCUGACGGCUAGAUGAUUAGGGAAAAUCGCCAAUAACUGAAAAUCAGCGAUUUUCAGUGCUUAUUGGCGCCGAUAACCGGUUAAUGGUGCCUCAUUUUGAUAUGUAUUGGCACCAAUACUCUGUUAUCAGUGCCGAUAACUUGAAAUUGGCACAUUUUUUUAAGUUUUCAGCACUAGACAAUCCCCAUAAAACCGCAUCACCGAUAACCGAGCCUGCCAAUAACUGGAGACUGCCUGUAUUUUGAAGAGCUUAUCUUACUCUUUUUCAAUGCUCAAAGUGCUAAAUGGCCAAUAGUCCUAGUUCUUGGCUAGACGACCAAAAUUUAAUAAGCAAAUACACAAUCAUUUGCUACAAAAAUCGUUGAUAAAACUGAAAUCCACAGCUGCAGUAUCUCAUCAACUAAGUCCCAUUUUGGUACAGUCUGACCUAUUUAAACUAGCCCCCAUAUGCUGCAUUGUCAAAAGUAGGUUAGCUUUUUAUGAAAAUUCUGGCCUGCUCCAUAAGUUUCUCCCCUGAAGUUUCUCCCCUGAAAUGCUUAACACCUUCAAUUUGUCGGAGCUUAAGCCACUUUAAAAGCACACUAUUGAGUUCAUAGCGUUCAGGUGCCAUUUGCAUUCGGGUAAUGUUUACAUUUUGUAAAUCAUCUGCUGACUGCAUUUUACUGACAUCAACACAGUCAUUAAUUUGCUAAAUGAAAUGGUUUUUGGAUAAUAUUUUUUUAUAAAGGACCAAAACUGAGUUUAAAAAGGCGACUUACUUUUUUUAUAAUUGAAGUAAAUUAAAUGAAGUAAAGGUGUGAUAUCACCAAUAACAGAUGUUGCUUUUGCCUCUCCGAACCGAUUUGUGGCCUGCAUAUUAUUCGCUUCUUCAGUCAUAGCUGCAGUCAUAAAUUUUAGUGACAUACUUUCAAAACACUAUCCUCUCCAUUGCAUAAAGUAUGAAUAUUUUACUUUAUUUUACUGAUUUCAAUUUUAUUUAUGGAAGUCACCAUGGAAAAUUAGCAAUUUUUAACAAGUCAGUAACUGUAAUGCAACUGUUAUAUUAAUGUGUGUUAGUUUUGGUAACUGACAUUGGCAAACAGCUGUUUAUCAGUGUCUUGCAUGUGCAGUAGUAAGUGGUUGUUAAUAUUAAGCAAGUCACAAGGUUGGGAAAGCUUGAUUUAAUGUAUGAAGAUUUGCAUUUAGCCUAAUGAACUUUUGCUUUUAGGCCCACAUAUAUCAUAGUUAAAAGCUAACUCAGAUAUAAAGCACGUUAUCACUGGUAUCUAUCGAAACUGAGACAGGCAUGGAAAACCUGCCUAGUGUAAGCUACUGAAAAUACAUCUCGCACUAUACAUGCUGAACCAUGAUUUUGGAUGAAUUUUGAAUGAUCACUCGAUACCCUAAUUCAGAUGAUACAUGAGUAUACGAAAGUUAUGGUUACGGUUCUUUUAUAUGCUGUAUAUUUUUAAGUUUCACUGAAAAAUAUAGUUGGAAAUAAACUGAAAAAAUAUGAAAACUGAAACAGUGGCGCUACCCUGAUAGCCGUUCAAGAACUCAUGGUGGCUGAUUAAAAUCUUCCCAGAUCAUGGGAGUUUCUGGACCACAGAGUGUCGGGUUUAAGAGGUCAGACUGUGUCUAUUGACUGUAUCUAGUUGAAGCUGGAUUCUUUCACUCGCCAAAUGUUAGUAAUGUAAGCUGAAAUGCUUGGCGGUGGUGACAAAGUUUCCAGUAUUCUAGUUGCACCUUGUGGAAAGACAGGACAGGAUACACUUUACUACCAAAAUGUUCUUGAUUCUGGGGAAAUUUCCUUCAAUAUGAUUCUGGAAUUAGGGAUGAAUACUGAUAUUAUUUGCAAUGAAUUCUAGUUUGGGAGAUUUAGGAAGAAACAAAGACUGGACAGUUAUUUAUGAUUUAAAGUUGCUCCAGAUGUAUACCAGCAAUUGUUUAGCAUUCCUGUACAAAAGGAGAAUUUGUGUAUUCCUUGUGUGUUUGCUCCCUUUCUAGAUAAAAUUUAGUGAAUUUACUGCUAGUCUAUGAAGAAAUCAAAGGACAUAAUUGGGUACAGCAAUAAUUAAUUAACUCAUUAAGCUGGGUUAUUUCUCCAUGCUUACCUUAGUGUCAUUCCUAGAUGUCCUCAUUUUUUUUAAUUUUUUUUUACACCGCUGAUACUGUACCAAAGAACUUCAUAUAUUACUUGAAAACUUCAAUCGCAGGGUUUAAAAUCGUAACUUGAAAUAUUAAAAAAAGAGGUACAGUUGCGUCUCCAUACCUCUUUAGAGUGUUUACUCCAUUGUUGAAAAUUGCCUUCCAGUAGCAACAGUGUGGAGGCUUUUCAUUCAGUUAUAAUGAAAACAGACCCUAAUAUGAGGAAGUGCAAGGAUGAACAUGAAGAUGUGUGUGUGAUCUAGUCUAAAGUGUGUUCUGUUUGAAUGAAGAAAUUCACUAUUUACACAAAAAGUUUAGGGACUAGCUUUAAUUAAGGGGGAAUAGUGUUGCACUGCAAAUCACAAUUGGUAUUUAACUACAGUAUUAAUUCUUUAACUAAAUCUUUUGAUGAUAAACCCCUUUUUAAAGGAAUUUAUAAAUAUUAAUUUUUUUUAUUGUUUUUGCCCCGGCAAGAACUCGAAUUUUGGCUUGGUAGCAUGGUCAGACUAAUCAUCAUAUAUCAUGGCUUUAUCUUACCACUAUAGCAACAUCGACCUCAUUUAUACUUCAGAAUUUUUUUCUAUCAUGCAGUGCAUAAUUCACUAGGUGUAUGAACAGUGGCAAUGGGAGAUAAGAUUUAAAAAACUCCUUCCUCAUUUAAUCAAGUAAGAAGAGCUACCUUACAGCACAACAGUUUCAUGGGUACUUGGUGAUUGUAGUAGUGACAAUGAUGUUUCUACUAUAAAUUCUAAUGAAUUAAUUGUUUAGCUUGAAUUCUAAAUUGUGGCUUUAGCUUAAAUUUCAUUGUUCAUUCAUUCGCAGUAUUUUUUUUUCAUCUCUGGUUACUAUUUUUGUGUAGUAAUGCAAACUUACUAUAUUCAAGUCUGAUACUUCUAUGCCACAUAAUAUGGACAUUGAAAAUAUUUCAGUAUGCUGAGGAACUGAUAGUAAUAUUUUUACCAAAUUUAGUGGAAAAACUUGACAGAAUUUUUGUUUCUAUUUUUUUUAAGCAGGGGAAACUUUUUGUUCUCAUAAAUCUUUUCCAUGAAAUAUGGUGUACACCUGUUGGAACUUGGAGUCAUGUAAUUUAUUUUGUCAUAUCUUAUGCAGGAACAAAAGGGAGUUACGUACAUGGUUGAUCAGUUUCCAUUUCUGUCUUGAUCUUUUUAACCAAAUUAUACUUUUGUGGCUUUGUUCCCUUGCUUUGAAAUUUAAUUUCUGACCAUGUUUAUUAGUGAGUAAUACCCUAUCUUUCCACAUAGUACUGUACUAUGUUCAAUCUUACCGCUUCUUAUUUAGGGGUUUUGAAAUGCCAGAGGAUAUGGGAGACCAUACUCAAUUUUCCAUACCUUAUUGCUACAACUGCUGCUCCUAUUCCACAUAGAACAAAAAUGAUUUUACCUCAGUUGUCUGAUUGUUAUUUUAGGAAUAUGAGGAAAAACUGUAAGAAAUGUUGAUUUACAUAAAACAGUGAUGCAGUUAUGUCAACAUUUUAUCUUAGUUUCUAUCAAGAAUAUGAUGAUAUGAUCAAAUCCAGUUUCAUAAAUAUAUCAUUAUUAUUGUUCAUUAACAGUAAUUUCAUUGGGAUUUGGAACUUGUGAAACACUAUGCCAAUGUUUAUUAUUAUUUUAUUAUUAUUAUUAUUAUUAUUAUUAUUAUUAUUAUUAUUAUUAUUAUAAGUACUGGUAGUACACUCAUGAAGCACUAGAUCGUUGGUUAUAGUUAUUAGUUAAGUUGUUUAAUCAGCUGGCCCAGUUCCUCGUUGGGCGAGUGGGUUACAUGCUCGCUUACUGAUUUGGUAGUCUGAGUUUGCUUUAUUUCUGGUGAUUAGAAAUUCAAUUCCGAUAUGUGGUUUGGACAAUACAAUGUGGGUCCCAUUCCCAAGUAACCAAUUGGUUCCUAGCCAUGUAAAAAAAAAAAAAAUCUAAUCCCCCUGGCCAGCCCUAGGAGAGCUGUUAAUCAGCUCAGUGGUCUGGUUAAACUAACAUAUACUUAACAUGAAUCAGCUGGCCUGAAGUGGGUUACUUAAUUGACGUACUAUUUCAUGAUUAUAAGAUCAACAGUUGUUAAUAAAUCAGUUGAGAUAUGAACUUAAAAAGUAGAAAUGGUGUUCAGAUUUCUGGUAAAGUAUGGGACUUAAGUUUUUACUAUUGGACUGCAUUGUACCUCUUAGUAUGUAAGUAAAAAAUCUUGUAAGGGUUACUGGCCAUCAUCUUAAGCCCCGUCCACACGGUCGAGCUUUGCCCGACGAACUUUGCUCGAUGUGACGUCAGAAGCAGAUAAAGUCAGAACCUUAUUGAGCAAAGCACAACCAUGUGGACAGGCCUUUAGAAAUACUGCCUUUGUUAGAAAUAUCUUGAUGAAUGUUCUGUUAAAAAUAAGCUUUUAGUAAAUGGUAUCAUAAAUAAAAUAAGCUAUUGCAACUCUUAUAUGUUUAAAAUGCAACAUACAAAGUUACAAAAUAUAAACUGAUCAGCAAGAUUAAUUAACAGCACCUCACAACAAGAUUUCUCCUAUAUUAUUUUAGUUGUCCUGGUUUCCUAUGAGAGAUAGAAUAAUGUUUAGAAUAGCGUAAUGAUUCAUCAAGCUCCCAAGUCUGGGUAUCCAAAAUAUAUGAAAGACUUGGUUCAUAAAAUGCAGCCAGUGCAUAAAGUUCACAGAAUAGCUACAGGUGGUCUCAUGUUAUCUGAGCCAAGAUACAUCCUGAUUAUUAGUUUUAAAUGAGCCACUCUGAGACUACAGAAGCUCCCGUUUGAUGUUAGAAGACUGAAAAUAUAAAGUUUUUCAAGAGAAAUUAAAGACUAUUGUUCUCCAAAUGUAAUGCAAGUGUGGAUAUGACAAUUAUUAUGGAACAUACCAUUAAAUUUCAGGUGUGCACAUUGUUUUCUGAUGUAUGUAUUUGGGUUUCUGAUGUAUGUAUUUGGGGUUCUUACAUUGCAUGGUUGAUAUAGUGGGACCUAUUGGAUAAGAGGAGGAAAUGGCAAACAGAAACAAAUAUUCACAUUAAUUGUUAGAAAAGGCAGAUUUUCUUGUUUUUGUCUUUGCACUUCAACAAAGAUCAUCAGUGUUUCCAAGAUUUCCAAACUCAGUCAGUCAUGUCUAUCAGUGUUAUGGUAUAGACUAGUAAAAAGUUGGCAGUGUUGUUUAAUCAUUGCUGCCACUUUGUUAAUUCUAGUAUAGUUUAUUACCAAUUCCAGCAUUGUUUUCAGUACCUGUUUAUUUGCCUGCUGCUACCUCUCCCUCAGCCACAUAGCACAUGUUAGGGGUAAUUUCUAAAUUUGUUCAUUGGAAAUUAUGAAUCUACGAUUUUUUUUAAACAUCUUUUCUGUGAGAAAAUUUGCAAUCCUCAUUUCCUUUUAGCACUAUGAUCCACAAGUUGUGUAGCCAGUUUUUAUUUUUUUUUAGGGACGUUUAAUUUAACCUGCGAAUACAGAUUUACAAAAUUUUGAAGUUUUACCUAACUGCUGUAAAACAUGAUAAUAUUCAAAGUAUUUUCCAAGACAGGGCAUGUAAACAUGAGUUUAGUAUUUGUAGUAUUAACAAAGAUCAUUUUGUAGAAACAUGUAAGAAAACAUAAAGAAGAGCUUGUUUGCUAGUGCAUGUAGUACAAGUUUUUCAGAGUUACUAUUUGAAACAUCCCACCGAUACUGCUAAGGGAGUGAAAAUGGCUAUAUUUUGCAUCAUAAUGUUUAUUUCUACUGUAUUUUCUUAUACACCUUGAACUAUUUAUGAGUAAAUAACAAGAUGUUGAAAUUUGGAUUUGAAGAGUCUUGUGCAUUGUACAGUGUAGAGGAUAAGGGAUUUACAGUAUAAACAGCCUAAUAUAGUCCUGCAGUUUGGCAUUGUAGCUAGUCAGCCCAAUAACAGAGUAUAAUAUUAUACAAUUUCUAGGUUUUACGAUGUUCAAUUUGCCACAUUUAAAGGGUUUAUGGAGUUUUAGGGACAAAAUUACUGUAGGUGCAAAGGCUUAGUUUAUUAAAUGACUUUUGAAAGUAAUUCUAAGAUGAUAUAUGAUGUGUGUAUACUGGUCCUGAUAGAGUAAACUAGUGUACAAGCAUGUUUCUCUCUCUCUCUCUCUCUCUCUCUCUCUCUCUCUCUCUCUCUCUCUCUCUCUCUCUCUC